AUGGCGGUGCAGUCAAAGCCGGCCCCAAUUGGGCCCUGGGGUAAAGCAACUGCUGGCGCUGCUGGCGCCGUUCUUGCUAAUGCCCUCGUUUAUCCUCUUGACCUAGUGAAGACAAAACUCCAAGUCCAAGUAAAGACUGCCGACUCCGAGAAAGGCGACUCUAAAGAGCAGCACUACGCAUCGACAUGGGAUGCCCUCACCAAGAUCAUGUCUGCCGAAGGCCUGUCAGGUCUGUACGCCGGAAUGAGUGGUUGCUUGAUUGGAGUCGCAUCGACCAACUUUGCCUAUUUUUAUUGGUACUCGGUUGUCCGGACUCUUUAUUUCAAGUACUCUAAGACGACGGCACAUCCUUCCACGGUGGUUGAGCUGUCUCUCGGUGCUGUCGCUGGCGCGCUGGCGCAGCUGUUCACUAUCCCCGUUGCUGUUAUCACCACUCGGCAACAGACGCAAAGCAAGGAGGAGCGCAAGGGCAUUCUUGAUACGGCGCGCGAGAUAAUCGGCGAGGAUGGCAUUUCCGGUCUAUGGAGGGGGCUGAAGGCCAGCUUAGUGUUGGUAGUUAAUCCGUCUAUCACAUACGGUGCCUAUGAGAGGUUGAAGGAUAUUCUUUUCCCUGGGAAGAAGAACCUGUCUCCCGGAGAGGCCUUCGUCCUUGGUGCCAUGUCCAAGGCUCUUGCCACUAUUGUGACCCAGCCGCUCAUUGUCGCCAAGGUCGGCCUGCAGUCCAAGCCACCUGCGGCCCGCCAGGGCAAGCCUUUCAAGAGCUUCGUCGAGGUUAUGCAGUUCAUUGUGCAACAUGAGGGUCCUCUAAGCCUUUUCAAGGGUAUUGGACCACAAAUUCUCAAGGGCCUGCUGGUUCAGGGUAUCUUGAUGAUGACGAAAGAGCGGGUCGAGCUUCUGUUUAUCCUCUUCAUCCGCUGGAUCCAGCUCAUGCGCUCCCGGCAGCUCAAGUCUGGCAACCUGGCGAACGCGGCAAAGCUUGUUGCUCCCGUUACUGUUAAAUAA